CUUUUUUUUUUUUCUUUUUUUUUUUUUUUUCAUUCUGAAUCAUUAACUCUCCCUCUCUCUCUCUUUCUCGCUUCCUUCAAGUUCACAUUUCUAUUUUGGCGUGCGAAGAUGGCUUCGCCUCGCAUCCGACUGGCAAUGCUGCCUGUGGCCGCGUUGUUGGUCGUGUGUCUGCUGCUGCUGGUCACGCCGUCGCAUGCGGCGUACCCGGCCUGGAUGCCCGAGUUUGUUUCUCCCGCACUCAUUGAAAAGGCUACCUACAAGUCGAAUCCGACCAACUGGACAAUGGCUCACAAUUUCGAAACAGUCCGUCUGGCUGGCGGGCUGUACGAGCAAGACCGUGCGGUCAUUGACGAUUUACUGGUCGAGCAUCCUGCUUCCUCCGAGCAAGCAGUCCAGUGCGUCGCCUCCGUCCUCACCUUCGAGCAAGUGGCCGAAACUAUGACAUCCAUCUACGCGGACUGGAUUGCUGCAGUGUCGAGUGCCGUGUCUGCACACGCUGACAACCCGGUCGCUGCUAAAGCUGCCGUUGCUGCGCUCUUGCCUCUUCGCGCCGACAUUUGCUUGGAUGUCAACACGUUUACAGGCUUGGUGCUCGACGCCCCUGUCGCGCUGCCCAACGACUUGACGCUCGCGCUGCUGUAUCAGCUCCCGUCCGAAAUUCGCGUCAUCAACCUGCGCGCCGAGGCGCUGCCAGUCAAUUUCGGUCGGAUCGCUGGCAAUUCCCACGGCAUUCUGAUUCAGCCAACCUUCCAGGGACUGCCAAACUCCCACGCUGGUGACGUGCUCCAGGCUGUGCCGGCUGUUGGCGGUUUUCCCGACGGCGCCGGCAGCGCUACUGCUGCCGCGCGCAUUGUGUUUUCCCACCUCGCCUUCACGGAUUGCCCCAGCGUGUGCAUUUUGGCCAAUAACAACACGGUGACGGACGCGGUCUUGUCCGAAUCCGUGCUGUCGUUCAACUCGGCUCUGGCCGAUGCAGCCUUGAGCAUUGAGGUCCCCAACACCGCGGGCGAUGUUGUUACUGUGGUGCUGCCCACAACGGCUCCUGGCUCGAGCCGCACGUUGCCACCGGCCCUGGAAGUCUUCAUCCGUGGCUGCGAGUUUGGUCUGGACGGCGGAUCUGGUGUCCACGCGUCUGACGUGUGGCGCGGUGUCCUUGUCGAAGACUCGUUCUUCUCGCUCUUGGGAGCUGGCGUUCCGCGUGUGUUGACCACGGCGACUUUUGCUCUCACCUUUGGCAAGUGGCCUGUAGCCACGCUCGAGCGCUCUGCCCACUGGGCUGAUCAGGCCCCCCUGCAUGUGGUUGUUCGCAACUCUGAGUUUUUCGGGGUUGCGGGUCUGGUUGCGAACGCCCCUGUUCACACACUUGUGCGGGACUCGACCUUUGCGGCGUCUGGUGUCUUCCAGUCGGGCAUUUCGUUGACCGUGGCCAACUGCGCUUUCUCGGACACGAAGACACUGCCCACUCUGCCAUCGAAUGGCAUUGAAGCUUGGGGCUACUCGCACGUGUUCAUCCUGAAUUCGACCUUCACCGACCUCGUGGUCCGCAAUGCGCAUCUCGCCCUCCCGCCAGACUCGUUCGAGAGAGUCUAUCGCUCGCCUGUUUCCAUCAAGACGCAAGAUCACAUGCUGACUAUUAUCGAUGAGUGCGUGUUUACUCGCUGCACCGCUUGGGAGGACCUGAGCUAUGGUGGCGGUGUUUCGCUCAGUCCUCGCGGUGAUGCCAUCUCUGGCAUUUUCAACACAAGGUUUGAAUCCACAUCCGCACAACACGGCGGCGCCAUCCGCUUGGGUGAGCCGCACCGUAGAAGCUUUUACACCAAGGAUUUCAUCUUGCCGCUCGUGACCGUGAGCAACUGCGUUUUCGAAUCCGUCCGCGGAUAUUCCGCGAUUUUCUCCACAGACAGGUUCGAGUUGCGCACCAUCAACUGCCAGUUCUUGAACACCCUUAUGCGUGGCUCGGCCGAGUUUGAGCUGCGUGCGAUUGUCCACAUCCAGUUCCAGGGUGUCUUCUUCCGGCCUCUCACAUAUGUCUCGUACGACGAUGUUAUUUCAGGAACGACCUAUGCGCCACCUGCUGGGCAGAUUGCCGUCGCCGGGGAUGUCGGCUUCCGCAACGUUCUGGUUCAAUGGGGGAUGCCUAACAGAUAUACCAGCGUCGGCGUCACAGGCGCCAAAGACUUUGCGCCUUCUGUGGUCAUCAAAAUCCCCGAGUUCUGGCCGUUCGCCCCUAAAAUCGCCUCCAACGACCAAGGAUUCCCUCCCGCUGUGCUCGCCAAGAAUUCCGCCUCUGUCCAAACUCGCGAUGAGUUUUGUCAACGCUGUUUAACCUUCUUCCAAUGCGACACCGCUGGCUGCGGCGACCCGGCAAUUGAGCGAAUUGUUGCCUCUGCAGCAUCUGCGUCCGCGGCGGCCGCGUCGGCCAGUGCGGCACGCACACGCCCCCAUUCCUACCCUCCUGUCAAGCCUGCCUCCCUUGUUGUGCCGGUGCCGCUGCCUUCUGGCGCUGUGUUUGUGUUUAACACGCCUGCUGACAGCGCAUCUGCCAACCAAGCACUUUCGCGGGCAUCGCCAACGUUUGCUCCCGUCAUCACGCGUCGCAUCCCCAGGAAUCGCACCAUUGUUCUUCCUGAAGAACAAGCUGCGCAGCAGCAGCAGCAGCUCAAUGUGCAGCUCAAUGCGCAAACCAGUUCCCAGACGAACGCUGCUGCCGCCGAGCUACUACACUCCAACACUGCUCAAUACACUUUGGUGAUCGGAAUUGCCUGCGCCGCUGUUGUGGUCACUACCACGGGCUUCCUCCUGAAGCGUCGCUUUGCCAAAUCGUCGAGUCGGCCUGGCCCUGCGGGCAAGCGUAUCUUGCCAAAGCCGCCCAAAGCCGCAACCGCUCCGACGGCCGAAGGAGGCAAUCCUCUUGUCGCAACAGCUUUCACCUCCCUCUCGGUUGCCUCCAGUUCGGCUGCAGCGCAUGAGCCCGCCAUCAUGGACCCGCCAGUUCAGCCAGCCAAGCCUGAGCUUUCCGUGAAUGGGUCGACCUCCUCGCUCGCCAUGCCCCUGCCACCAGUGUCGAAGCGUGAUGUCUUCAUUUCGAUUGGCGCGGACAAGUACCAGCAUUUGCCUUGCCUCGCACUGGCGAAAGCCGACGCUGACUCUAUGGCUCGUCAAUUUGAGGACUUUAACGAGUAUACUGUCGUGAAGAUUGCCGACCCCACCAAAGAUGUCAUGGAGCAGGUGCUCAGUCGAAAUUGGUCAAUGCCCAAACGGCCUGACACGAUCGUCGUCUUUUUUGCCGGCCAUGGCGUCAUUCGCGAUGGUGUGACCUACCUUGUUCCCUGCGAUGCCAAAUUGACGCCAGACAACAUCCCCGAGACUUGUAUCAGCACGCAGCAAGUACUUGAGCUGCUUGGUAGCUCCAAACCCAGAAAUAUCGUGCUGCUGCUUGAUGCUUGCCGCGAACAGCCGGAGGGCUCGGGCGCGGCACCGCUUGCCCUGCAAGAAUCGUUGAAAAAGUCGUCGUACGGCACGCUCAUCAGCUUUGCGACUAUCCCAGGUGAAUUUGCCUUUGAAGGCCACCGCACCAACAGCCACUACACUUCAGCAUUGCUCGCUCAACUUCGAAGCGAUCCCCCAAAGACCAUCAGCGACGUGCUCCAGAAUGUUCGCUCGCGCGUUCUGAACCUGUCAUCUGGCAAGCAGAGCCCUUAUUACAUUUCCACCCUGACUGAAGAAGCGCCCAUCUACUUUCACAACCCGCAGCAUCGCUCUCAGUCGUCGCAAACGGCUGCUGCGGCUGUUGCAGCGCGCUACCCGUCUGCAGGCGCUUCUGUCGCCGCCCAUCCCUCGGCAGCAGCAGCAGGGCAGCCAGUGCUGGUUCCAGUUUAUUCGUCGCACAUGUCUGUCAACUCGGCUCACGCUGCGUAUCGCGGGCAGCAGUAUGUUUCCGCCUCGUCGUGGAACUAUGAUCCGUUUGCGCAGCAGCUGAAUCCGCAGUCGUUUGCCUAUGCCUUCGGGCCGUUCGGCCCGCCACCGCAGCCUCCGGUUCCUCCCACCGCGCCACACCACCAGCGACAUCCCGCCUUCCUGGCCAGAGACACCAUCUGCUCGAGCAGGGGGAGUCCAAGUCUACCUAGUCCAAGUCUACCUUCUCCAGUACCAUGGAUGAUGAUGAUUAUCAUGACGAUGAUGAGGAUGAUGAUGAUGAUGAUGAUGAUGAUGAUGAAUCCGAUCACUCUGGUGAUCUCGCACUGGUGCAACCCAGGGCGAAUCGAUUUCGCGCUUUUGCCGCUUGAACGAAUGGAACCUGA